CGGAAGUAGGUUGGGGAGAGGCUGAUGUACUGGGUAGGGAGGGGGGGCGGCGGCGGCAGGUGCGGCUAAACAGUUGCCGAGAGGUACGCUGGGGUGGAUCUGGGCCAGCUCUGGACCGGAGCUGUCCAGAUACCUUUCCCUCGAGCGAGCGGCGCCACGGCGAGUAAGACCCGAAAGGCUAUGGCAGAGUCAACCGCUAGCAUGGGAUCCACAGCGACAGUCACCGAGACCGAGGUGACCACUGAGCCGGAGAAUCGUAGCCUCACCAUCAAGCUGAGGAAACGAAAGCCGGCCAAGAAGGUGGAAUGGUCAAGUGACACAGUGGACAAUGAACACUUGGGACGUCGGUCUUCCAAAUGCUGCUGCAUCUAUGAGAAGCCACGGGCUUUUGGCGAGAGCUCGACAGAGAGCGAAGAUGAGGAUGAUGAAGGCUGUGGCAAUGCGCACUGCAUUAGAGGCCACAAGAAGGGCCAGCGGGGAAAGGCACAGGAUAAAGCCGGCAACACUGGUCCAUCAGAGAGCAGCUUCCAGAAGUCAGAGCCACCUGACCAAAACCACGCUGGAGCCAUGCAACACUGAACCACACCCUGCCAUGGGGUGGGAGAGGAGAACCCCAACUCCCUCCCCACACAGGGACUGACGCUGCCCCAACUCUGGGGCAAGGGGGAGGGUGGAUGGGCAGGGCACACACGUCCAGCACCCCGUUUGUCUUGUGCCGGUGCUGACACUGCCCCAACUCCAGGGGGAGGGAGGGGGGAGGGCACAUGCAUCCAGCUCUCCGUCUGUCUUGUGCCAGUGCUGCUGCUGUCGUCUAUCUGUCCAUCCGUGGCUGGUGAGUCCGUCCGGUACUGCCCAUCCCCACCCAUGUGGAAUGUACUGACAGAGCCUUCGGGGUUCCUUGGCUGAAAUUUUUUUGUUGCUUCUUAAUUAAAUAUUUGUAUCAGUGAUGAACAAGGUGGGAAAUGGGUGCUACUUUGGGAAGGGCAGUGAUGGAGCUCUGUCCAAGCUCCUUCCUGUGGGCAUGUGCACCCUCCAUCCCCUCCUGGCCUUGGAGUUCGUUCCUUUCACCUCCCAGUUUCUACCAAUGCACCCCUACUCUAACUCCCUUCUCCACUUGCCUCCUUCAGCUUUGUCUCUUCCCAUCCCCUUCCAUUUGUGUGAGUACUCACACACUCUUGUUGUGUGCAUUUGUGCUCUCUCUCUCUCGCUCUCUCUCUCUCUCUCUCUCUCUCUCUCUCUCUCUCUCUCUCACACACACACACACACACACACACACACACUCACUCCCUGUUCAUCCCACCUCCUGCUUCUCUCUGUAUUGCUCUCCUAGACGUCUCACCAGGGCAGUGCCACUGCUUAUGACACACAGCCACCUUAAUGGUGCAAACUUCAGGUCUUCCCACCUCCCUAAACUUUUCCAGGACCAGAAAUAUAAGCCUUGAUUCCACCACCUCCUUCUGGCUACAUGACUGCCUUUCUUUGUCCUCCGCAGGUGUGUCUUUCUGAGGGCAAUUUCCCCCACCUUAUGAUUUGCUUCUUUAAUUUUUAUUGUAAGAAGAAAACCUCAAGGUUUCUUUGUCAUUAUGCCAUGGAAGCCUGUGAGAUAUUUUCUUUGAAGUGAGAUGGCAGAAGGGAGAAAAGCGAAGGGGGGGAGGGCAGUAGAUGUGAUGUGGCUGGGAGUGUAGCCGCUGUUGCUGGAUCCUGAGUGAGGUGGGUGGUCUGGUCAAUGGCAGGUGUGUGUGCUGAGAAUGGUAUGCUAUGUUGGAAUUUGACAUGUGACUCAUGAGGCUGAGCCCAAUUUGAAGCGGGUCUAGGAUUGAUAUAAACAACCCUGAUCAUCUUGCACAGUGAGAUGAAUGUUGUUCUGUUACUACCCCUGUUGACUCAGUUACUUUGCUAAGGGUUUGUAUCUGAGGCAGGCCUUCUCCUGCAAUCACUCAUGAUUAUGGCAAGAUCUUGGCAGUCAGGCAAAAGGGUUGGAAGAAGGCAUCUCCUUCCUUUGCAUGACUUACUGAACACCCUGUUGCUCUUGCUAUCUACGGGUCAACACUAGAGGAAAAAUGUCUGUGUGUCCUUGAACUCUCUUUUUUGGACCUUGGUCCACUGAUGUCGGCAUGCUUCUAAUUAUAAAUGAUAAACUUUCUGCAGAAGAUGCACAGUUGUGGAGGGCUCCCCAUAAUAACUGUGCAUGUAUGUGUACCUCGAGCCCGUUCAGGCAGACCUGCAGCAAGCAUUUUUCAAACUGCUCAUGACUGAGAGAUGGUUCUUGUCUGAAUUAAACAGUGGAGUGACAUUUAACUCCUGCCCCUAAAAAGAUCUCUUUCGGAGUGUGAAAAUAUCCUCCUCUACUCCUGAGGUUGCCACUGCUGUGUUCCUGCACGAGUCACUGCUCUAAGCAAGAAUUAAUUGAAGAGUAGGCUGGAGCAAUGAAUCACACAGGGAUGCAGUAAGCAGUCUGUGAGGAUGGGUGUUUAGGAUUCCGAAAAGCCUCUUUAAGAUUACUUUUUUGCAGUUCACAAACUGUACCUGAUACACAGUAUUCAAAUUGCAGGGCAGCAAAAAUAUGUCUGGGCCUCUAUAUUUUGGGGCAGUUACCUCCCCCCUCCCACUGUUUUUAGAAGACUAAAAGUUGGCAUUAUUGGGCUGAGUGGGUUGAGGUAGGGAGUGUUGUUUGUUGACUUCAUUAAGGGUUAUUCUGCUCUUUCUCCCCCACGCCCAUAAUUUCCUAAAUGGAGGUAGGCUGGGUAACCUUGUGGGUCAGUCAGUGUAAUUUUAGUGCUGCUAUCAGCUUGACCAAUUGAGCAGGUGACAUUGGGCCAGUUUAGAUGAUUAGGAAGGAUGCAUGCUGUGAGCAUGCCUGUUGUGACUCUGAGCUUUGGAAUGUGAACAGAGAGACCAUUCAGAUGAAAAAAAAAAAAACACCCAUAUGACAUGCUGGGAGGGUGUCAACACAUCUGCAGAGGACAUCCUGAUGAGUGCAUUCUUGGCACAUCCUCUUCCAAUUGACUGAGCCGGGACAGUAUUGUCUGCACUGGCCAAUUCUAUUUAAUUUGUGUCAUAGGUUAAUGGUAGAGUGAAAUUUCUCUGUCAGCAGGGCUGGCCACUGGUAAAAGGUAAAGUGUGCUGUCAAGUUGAUUUCAACUCCUGGCACCCACAGGCAGAUAUUUGAGCAGGGGUGGGGUGCGGGGGCAUCCAGGUUUAAAGAAAAUCAUUUUAUGAGAAUAUCAAGGUGGUCCAGCUGGAACAAGGUGCUAAAUGAUACUUGAGUGGGAUCGUACACUUUAAGAAUCAGGGUGCCUCUGAGCACAUGCUCAGCUAAGGAAUUUCUUUUCAUUGCCGGAACUGAGCUCAUGGUCCAUUUACACUCCUGUUUCCCCCCACCAGGUUUUCUUCAUUUCCGCUACCUUAUGCAGUGCAAAGAGCCUCUCUAUUUGCUAUUAAACAACUGGGAAUUUGAAACCUUU